AUGAUCAGCAUCGAAGAAAUUGAAGAAUUCAUCAAGCGUUUGGACAAGGAUGGAUCUGGCACUAUCGACGCUGAAGAACUCCUGCGUGGUCUUGAUUGUGAUGAAAUUCGUAUGGAACAAGUGAAGAAGUUCAUUAGGUCCAUCGACAGAAAUGGCGAUGGGAAACUUGAUGUCUCUGAAUUGAUGGCGUUUUUCAAUUCCCCGGAUUUUUAA